AAAUAAAACUGCCCGCCCACCUUCAGGACAUGACAGCAAACCAGGCCAAAAUAAAACUGCCCGCCCACCUUCAGGACAUGACAGCAAACCAGGCCAAAAUAAAACUGCCCGCCCACCUUCAGGACAUGACAGCAAACCAGGCAAAAAUAAAACUGCCCGCCCACCUUCAGGACAUGACAGCAAACCAGGCCAAAAUAAAACUGCCCAUCCACCUUCAGGACAUGACAGCAAACCAGGCCAAAAUAAAACUGCUCAUCCAUCUUCAGGACAUGACAGCAAACCAGGCCAAAAUAAAACUGCCCGCUCACCUUCAGGACAUGACAGGAAAUCAGGCCAAAAUAAAACGGCCUGUCCUAGUUCAGGACAUGACAGCAAAUCAGGCCAAAAUAAAACUGCUCAUCCAUCUUCAGGACAUGACAGCAAACCAGGCCAAAAUAAAACUGCCCGCUCACCUUCAGGACAUGACAGGAAAUCAGGCCAAAAUAAAACGGCCUGUCCUAGUUCAGGACAUGACAGGAAACCAGGCCAAAAUAAAACUGCCCGCUCACCUUCAGAACAUGACAGCAAACAAACACCAAAUGAAACUGAAAGUGCACCUUCAGGACACAGUGCCAAAUAAAAUAAACCAUUUGUCUUCGAAGAACAACUUCAAGCAAUGGCCAACUUAAUUUUAACAUCACUCUGUAGCACAUCUCCUAAAUCAACUCUAUUGCAUCCUGCCAGCAAUCUUCUGAAACUUUGCCUUGUUCAGUCUGACCUCAAAACUGAUUAUCCACAGAUGGAUUUACAAAUUAUAAGAUG